AUGAGGAUAUCGGAUCAUCAAGACAAUCACAUAGACUUUGUCAACAACUUCUGGGGAAGUUCCCCAGAGUCGAGUUUCCAAAUCGUAUCCACUAGAAUCCGAGAUUCGCAGGCAACGUUGACCGAGGUGGUCAAUUUCUACCUGGAGAGGACCAACAUCGAACAGGAGUACAUCCGGAAAUUGGAGAAACUCCAGGCGAAAUGCCCCCUUGGAGCGCAUGAAACUGGCAGCAUGAAAAAGUCCUUGGACAAGUUGGGAAACGAAAAUCAGGCAAUGAUCAACCAUGGCGUCAAGUUUGUCAGAUCUAUUCAGAGCACGAACAUCGAGAAACUACAGCAUUUCCAACAACUCUACGCAAAGAAAGUGGACAAAUUGAGGAACCACAUGAACAAAGUGCUCGCACGACGAGCUAGCGCCUUGAAGGAGGUGGCCAUGUUCAAGAGAAAGUACCAGGAGGAGUGCAGUAUGAUCAAGUCUUUAAAACUAUCGCUACAAACAACAUGGGGCAAGGAGUUGGACAAGAACCAGCAAAAGUUCAACAAGCUCAGCACUAGUGUCAACCAAACCAGGAACAACUAUCAAUUGGCACUACGUCUGUUCAAGGACAUCAACGAGAUCUUCAAGCGGGAUUGGACAAUAUCGAUCAACGAUUUCUACAAGUUGGAGAUUGAACGAAUACAGAUUUUAAAAGUCAACUGCUUCACAUACUGCAACAAUAUAGCAACGCUAUGUGUGGAUAUCGACCAAGCAAUCGACGUGGCACGAUCGACUUUUGCAACGGUGCAGCCGCAAGCCGACGUGCAAGAGUUUAGUGAUAACUACGGUACGGGAAACAAGAUAUACAACGACCCGGAGUUUGUCGAUUACAUGGCGGGCCUGGAGGAGACCCCACCCAGUUAUAUUGUACUGAGCUUGAGCAAUCCGGGCUACAAGGACAUAUUGGCACGAGCAAAUUCAAGCUACUCUCAAGGGACAAGUCGAUCGCAGCCCAGGACGCCUUAUAGCCAGACAUCUGAAGUUUUCCACAAGGACAAAGACGAGGACGAAGAAGAACAACCACUACAACAACAACAACAACAACAACAGCAGCAGCUGCUGCUGCUUGAAAUGACACCGCGAUUUUCCCCUGCAAAAGUUGCGGCACACACAGCAACGACCCUAUCCCCGCUGUCGCCUUUAAAAGAAUUGCACACAAAUGGAAAGAACCACUUUGUGACUCCGGUGAAAAACACCAUAUACGAGUCCUUACCAUUUAGAGCAGAACGAGCUAGCCAAAGUCAAACUCCCUCGCGCAAACCACCAGUGGACUUGAUGUCACGUAAAACCCAGUCGACAGCUAGCUCGGGGCCCGAGAAUGAUGUCUUUUCCAAAGAUGAGAGAAUGUCCUAUAGCAACGGCUCGGGCUCAAACUAUAGUUCAGAGAGAAACUGGGCGUCGCCACGAAGAAAAGAGAAACAAUUGCACCAGAUUCAAGAUCAGAUCCUGCGGAGAGCCACAAAUGACUUUGGCAAGUCUCGAGCCACGCCGCUGCGGGACGACAAGGUUUUUGAGCAGCAGCAGCAGCAGCCCAAGGUGCCCAUUGUCAAUGACUUUUCCAUUGACUUUAUAGCCAAGGCGUUGGAAGAUUUGAACUCGGGAGGCGAUGGCGACGUCAACCAGUUUAGAAGGUCAGUGAGAAGCGAGAAUGGCAACCAACCCACCCCUAGCCCCACGAAAAGGCCAAAGUCCGAUUACAUCGACGACCACGAUGAAGUUGCCCACCGCCACGAGUCCAUCACUUUCAGAAGACCCAAGUCGAUGGACUUUGAUCUGAUGAUGUCGAUGACGGCGGGCCUGACCAAGAAGUUCACCUUUGACCCACACCAAAAGCUGCCCUAUGCACAAAAGAACUACUUCCAAAGUUCUUGUGCCAGUGCCAGUGCCGGUUCCUCGCCUCGCAACAGACCAGUCCGACAAAGCGUGAGAUUGACUCCGAGUAACGGCAAGCCGUACGUGUCGACGGCUAUCGCGCGGUACACUUUUAGGCCGCUGCAGGAAGGCGAGCUAUUUUUCAGAAAAGGCUGGCAGAUGUAUAUAAUUCAUAAGCAAGAGGAUAAUUGGUUUGUUGCAGAGUUGGGUCCAAGCUGUGAUGAAUACGCUGGUAUGAUUGGUUUAGUUCCUGGUAAUUAUCUCGUAGAGCGGUGA